GCUGAAAGGCUGAAACUAAUACUCUAGUACCACAUUCAUCCGUGAACUGUCAUCAGUACUAGAUCAGUCAGAGACGGAUUCUGUGUACAAGAACAGGACACAUGUCAAAAGCAGUGGCAUAUUGUUUUGAUUAGAGAGCAGCGGCGAGAAUACGCCCAUAGUAAAAUGGACGUAGACACUUUCGAAAUCGAAGAUUUCGACUACGGUGAACUGAAGAACGACACUGCUUUCAUCAACAAGAACGAAAACCUUUCAGAAUGCAUUGAACGGAUCCGGCAAAAUUUGGCCAUCGCCAGAGAGGACUACAAAAAUUACGAAAGCUUUACCCUGGAGGAGAAGGUGAAAUAUGAUCUGCACUUAUCUUACAGCAUCAAUUCGCUUUACUGGAUGUAUCACAAAAUUAUUGGUCUGGAUCCGAACAAGCACGGGAUCAAAGACGAGCUAGCUCGUAUCAAAGCUGCCAUGAUUCGGGAGAAGGAAAUUUACGACCACAAGUACAACCGACCACUGCUAGAUCAGGGUGCUGCCAAACGUUUCGUGCGAGCCGGUUUGUACGACCACAAAAACCGCGAUAAGCCAGAAACCAUCGAUCCACCGCCUAACAAGAAGAUACGUUUCGACGAUUAGCACCGAAGAGAACUUUCUUUGUUCCUUUCGCAGGGUACAAAUUUUCACGUUUGGCUGAUACUGCUGCAUUGAUGAAGGUCUGACCGAACGCCACCUAGUUAAAUAAGUCGAUUAUUUUCUUCAAGUUGUUGAAUCCAUAUGUGGUAGGCAUCCAUUCUCCUAAAUCGCUGCCUACUUGGCAAGAAUUCGCAGUGAGCGAAGUUCGUCCUGAUAAAUUAAAAUGUGCACAUAAGCGAUAUUAUCCUAAUAAAUAGAGUAUUGACAUCGAUUCUUACAAAUUA